AUGGGAAGUUGCUUUUCAAAAUCAAAGAAAUCUAAGUCAAAAGAUAUAAUAAAGACAAAAAUACCUACUAAGUUUGAAGAGUUUUAUUACUUAGAUAGACAUUCAGCAAUAAUUCUUCACCAUAAAGCUGACGGUAUGAUCGAAAUUUUAGAAUUCAAAAAUCGAGUCAAAUUCAAUAUUAACUCAGCAGUUGGCUAUAUGACUAAAACACGCUUGAUAGUUGCUGGUGGCUCAAAUGGUGGCAAAUAUAGUAAAAAUGUUUAUGAUGUGGAUUUUGCUACAGCAGAUUUCGUAGCCCUAAAAGAAUUACCAAUCCCAUCUAGAAGUGGCACUUUAAUCAAAUAUGAGAAUCGAAUCUAUUUUGUCGGUGGGAUUAGUAAAUCAAAUAGGAGAGAAAAGCCUGCUCCAUUGAUGUAUUUAAACUUAGCAGAUUCGACAUGGAAGUUUCUAAUUUGCGAACAAUUAAAUCAGGAUUAUAGGAACUAUGCUGACUUAAAUCCUGAAUUCCCUAUUCAGAAUUUGUGAUUUCCUGGAGCAUUUUUAUGAAAUGAUAGAAUUUACAUUGUUGGAGGCUAUAAGAUAAACAAUCAACGGCGACCGGAGUCAAAUUCGGAUGUUUACAGUUUGAAUUUAAAAAAUAAUUCUUUGAGAAAAGAAAAAUUCAUUUUUCCUAUUGAAGGGGCUCAUCCAUUAUGCAGCGUUAAUGGCAAUGAAGUUACCAUCAUUAGCCGAUAUGACCCAUUAGAUGGAAAAAAAAGUUCUAAGUGAUGCAUAGUUAAAAUGAUAGAAGACUCACCUAUGAUAAAAACAUCAUUAAAUCCAAUAAACAUUGAGCUUACUGAGUUUUAUCCUGCAAUCAAAUCUCUAAAUGCUACUAUAUUUAUUUCAAAUCCUCAUUUUAUAUUAAAGAGAAACAAUUCUUAUAGAUGGCAAACAUUCGAACUUCAAAGAGUUAUUUUAGUGAAAAAUUUAAGAAGUAUGGAAAAUCAAGCCUCUAACCAUGGAACAAUAGGCAGAGCAGAAAAAUUUUCUGAAUUAGAUGAGUCUCAGAAUUCCCAAUGGAUGUCUCCUGAGUGGCAUCAUAUUAAUAGCAAAUAUUUUCCAUCUCUAACUUUGAUUGAAAUUGACUGCAAGGAAGUUGUUAAAGCAAAAAUACGCCAAAAAAAAGGCGAAAAAUCAAUGAAAAGAUUAAAUGAUUUAAUGAAAGCUAUAAAGUCAGGUCGAAGAGGACGAAAUAGGGAGGACAGUGAGAGUGAGAAUGGCAGUCAAAAUUCAGUUGAGGAGGAAAGCGACAGUGAGGGAAAGAGUGAAGAUAGCAGACAAAGCUCAUAUAAUGAAAGUGGAAGCGAGGAAGAGAUCGAUCUUUCGGAGAUUUCCAUAAACUACUAA